GCCUCGCUUCGCACGCAGGCUCGCAGCCUCCCCGCGACACGCCGCCGCCACCCCACCGCCUCUACCGCCGCCCCACCGCCUCUACCGCCGCAGCCCAACGUCUCCGCCGCGCCCCUCCGGCGGCGCUUAUCCGGUUCGUUCCGCUCUGCCUUGCCGCGCGCAUCAGCGAACCCCUGCGCGCGAGGAGGGCUCGUAUCGACUUCUCAGGUUUAGGCGUAAUGAUUGGGAAAAUUUCAUUCGACAUCAUCGAGAGAUCACGACUUUCAGAAAAUACCUUUGGAAGGUCAUUAAAAGAUUGCUGAGCAGAGAAGAGGAACAUCCUACAUGGAUGCCAUGCAGACAAGUGACUCUUCGCAUCAUGGAAUUGUAGAAAAUAGCCCAUAUAGAAUACCAUAUAGCAGAAAUGCAGAAGGUGGCAAACUUGGUAAUUCGUGGUAUUUUAGUAGAAAAGAAAUAGAAGAAUAUUCCUUUUCAAGGAGAGAUGGCAUUGAUCUCAAGAAAGAGUCUCAUUUUCGCAAGACAUACUGCAUUUGCCUGCAGGAUUUAGGAAUGAGGCUUCAAGUGCCUCAAGUUACAAUUGCUACAGCUAUAGUGUUCUGUCAUCGGUUUUUCCUCCGUCAAUCUCAUGCAAAAAAUGAUAGGCGGACAAUUGCAACAGUUUGUAUGUUCUUGGCGGGAAAAGUUGAAGAAACCCCAAGACCUCUUAGGGAUGUCAUACUCCUUUCCUAUGAGAUCAUCCACAAAAAGGAUCCUGCUGCGGUUCAGCGAAUUAAGCAGAAGGAAGUAUAUGAACAACAGAAGGAACUUAUUUUACUUGGGGAGCGUCUUGUUCUUGUAACACUUGGUUUUGACUUGAAUAUCCACCAUCCGUACAAGCCCUUGGUUGAAGCAAUAAAGAGAUUCAAGGUUGCUGAAAAUGCCCUUGCUCAAGUUGCCUGGAACUUUGUCAAUGAUGGGCUCCGCACGUCGCUUUGCCUGCAAUUUAAGCCCCACCAUAUUGCGGCUGGUGCAAUCUUCCUGGCUGCGAAGUUUCUUAAAGUCAAGCUUCCAUCAGAUGGCGAGAAGGUCUGGUGGCAAGAGUUCGAUGUUACCCCACGGCACUUGGAAGAGAUUAGCAACCAAAUCUUGGAGCUCUAUGAGCAAAGUAAUGUUGCGCCACCACCAUCGCAAGGAAAUGAUACUGAUAGGAGCCCCGCUAGCGUUGCUAAUCAUCGUGCACCUCUGAAAGCUCCAGGAACCGUGGGUGCAUCUACUGCCCAACACCAUCAAGCAUCCAGACAGUCGAGCCAGCAAAACAUGCCAGGCCACCGUGGCUAUGACCACCCUCAUCCUGAGAAGCAAACCUCAAACCAGACGCCUCAGAAUGAAGCAAGGGAUGGUGCUGCCAAUAGCAAUGACGGUCCCAAAAUGUCAUCCUUGAUGAUGGACGCGAUGAAGAAGAUAGACAAGGAUAAGGUGAAAGCGGCCCUGGAGAAGCGGAGGAAAUCUAAAGGUGAUGUUUCUAGAAAGGUUGAUGUCAUGGAUGAUGAUGACCUGAUCGAGAGGGAGCUGGAGCAUGGUGUGGAGUUGGCUGCUGAGGGUGAGAAGGUCAAGCAGGAGAGAAGGCAGAGUUGGCCCCAUCCUGCACACCGGGAGGAUCAGCAGAGGGCUGCUCGCAUGAUGGGAAGCACUGAAGAGGGCGAGCUGUCCACUGAUAGCCAAGAACACCACUCCCCAGCCCUUGACAAUCGGAGGAGAAAUGACGUCCAUGAGCACAGGAACUACGAUCGUGGUGAAAGGGACAUUAAAAGGUUAAGGCCAUGAAAGUUGGGCCCGUGGGGGAAGAAGUUGUCUGUAGGCUUCAGACUAUAUACAACUAUCCUAUUUUUUUUUUCUUUCACGGGUGUCGAAUAAGCAUCGAGCUCACUCGGGGUAUGUUGAUAUUUGAGAGUUGGGCCCCAAGGGGGAGUUUAUAGCAAACAGAUUGUUGAAUGUUUGGAGACAUCCGAUAAAAGAGCUGAUUGUUGUACGUUUCAUGGUAAUGUAAGGAGCCUCUCCAGAAGGCCAAUUUUGCCUAAAGAAAUUCGAAAUUCAUGGCGUCCUUGUACA